UCCAUCACUCUACCCGGAGCCAGGUAGCCGAACAGACGACGACGACCAAAGCGAGGAGGAGGAGGAUACCUUGGACGCAUCCAAUAGCUGUGUGUCAGAACCAAUGCUCUGCUGGGCCAACGAAGAUCACUUUCUGAGCCAACGCUAUCCGAAUCCGCAGCAGAAGGCGCCCGAAACCCUCAAGAAUCUACUCCUCCGUUCAAGUGUGCCGAUAGUGAGUGCAUCGUCGAAACCGAAUCCGAAUCCUCAGUCCAUCGAUACCACCACCAUGGCACCGCUCAAGGGGCAGGAGGUCCUCAAGUUUCACAAGCACUCAUAUCUCGAGAACCGCAUCUUCGAUCAUCGCCUGGUCAAGGACAAUCUGCUGGACAAGUGGCCCACGGCAGACAUGAACGAGUACAACGAGCGCAAGGACCAUCGCAACCUAAUGGAGUCCUAUCCAUGGAGCCAGGCGGGCGCUCCACCGUGCAUGGAACCCGUCACCGGGCCAUCGAUUCCGCCCCGGGUGGGCGCCGCCUACGAGACGACAACGAAGCAUCCUUGGCGUCCGGCCAUGGCCUAUGAACUGAUCCAGGUUAAGCAUCUGCCGGAGCAGCCAGUCACCAACCAGCUGACUAAGCAGUGCUUCCUGCCCAAGGGCAUGAAGACCGACGGUAUGAUCUUUCCGAAUCUGGUCACCGGAUUUGAUCGCAAUCCCCAGCACGCCGCCCGAGCUGCUCUCUAUACCAGAUACACCAGCAACGAAUGGUACAACAACAACAUGACCAAGUAUUCAGAAUCCAACACGAACCGCAACCUUUCGGAACGCAUGCGCAAUGAUGCAGUGCGUCUAAUGCGUGAAACGGACGAGAAGGCCACCUCUGGUCAACGGGACGCAGGCAGACGGCUUGGUGAACGCAUCACCGAUCUGACAUUUUGGCGAAACGAACUAAACGCCGAGCUGGAGAAGCUCAUUGCUGAGAUGUCGGACAUCAAUGAACUGCAGCGGCAGUGCGGCAAGGCCUUGCUCGACCUCGAGAUCCCCCUGCACAUUGCCCAGGAGUGCCUGUUCCAUCGGGAGUCGCGUCAGGGCACUGAGAAGGUGCACGACAUCGUCGAGAAGGCGCUGCUCGUGGAGAUCAACAAUCUGCGCAAUUCUCGGGACAAGUUGGGCGGACUUCACGAAAAGAUUGCCAAACAGGCCCUGGACUGUCGCGGUGCUCAGCAUCUGCUCGAGGACGACGUGUCCCAUAAGGAGUCGUCUCUGGGCAUAGACUCGAUGUGUCACCAGCUGAAUAACCAUAGUCGUGGCAUCACCUACUAUGGCGGUAUCGAAAAGUUUGAUCCGUCUGUGAGCACCCAGGAAUCCUGGGCUCAGGCCAGCAGCGAACACGUUAGGCGCUCCCAGGCGGAGCGGGCAAAGCUGUCGCAGCUUCGGAGCGAUUCCCAAAGCGUGGUCAACGCUGUGGCCACCACAGUGUGGGACUUCUGGAGCAAUACAAACAACGCAUUCGACCGACGCUCCCAGGAAAUGGCAGAGGCCAAGAAUCGGGUGCAGCUGCAUCUGCAGAAGGUGCAACAGGAGCUGUUUGACAUGGAGAAGCAUCUGUUCCUGCUGCAGAAGGCCAUCCAGGAUAAGUCGGGACCUUUGAAAGUGGCCCAGACCCGUCUUGAGGCUCGCUCCCACAGAGAGGGCAUCGAGUUGUGCAAGGACUAUGCCCAGGAGCGCCUGGUACAGGAGGUUUUCGAUAUCCAAGGUGCCGUGGAGUCGCUCCAUCACAAGCUCCAGGAGGCGGAGGCCUCUCACCAGGGUCUUCUGAAGACUCGCUGCAGUCUGGAGGUGGAUCUGCGCAACAAGGUGAAUGCCCUGUUCAUCGACCGCGAGAAGUGCAUGAGCUUAAGGCGCUCGUUCCCCGUCAGCAACCUCAUUAAGUACUAAUCCUUGAAAGAUCCUUGAAGGGCAUCUUUAAAUUGUAGGUAACAGUCGCACAGUCGUCUCAGCUUUUAUCCGCAGCACUGAAUGUCAGAAUAAAACAGAUUGUCAAUAUUAAA